CACUCUGAAAUAAGUUUACAUUUGUGAAAACUGACAACGAUUUACGUUUUAUCACAUUUAAAGAUCUUGUUUUACUCCGGAAGAAAUGUGUGUGAGGUCCUUAUAUUUCCGUGUCUGGGGAGAUAAGUAGUGUGAUUUCAGCGUCUGUCUUGAACACUUAAAAAAUGCAGGACCCUGACGCAGAUACCGAGUGGAAUGACAUCCUGAGGAAGAAGGGGAUCCUUCCUCCCAAGGAGAAAACUCAGGAUGAGGUUGAUGAGGACGCUCUAGAGCAGCAGAUUCUUCUUCAGCAAGAAUCUGUUGUAAAAACCUAUGAGAGUAUGACUCUGGACCAGCUGGAUGAGAACGAGGAUGACUUCAGUGAAGAGGAUGAGGCCGCCAUCGAGAUUUACAGGCAAAAGAGGCUUGCAGAAUGGAAAGCCACCCAGAUAAAGAAUUGCUUUGGAGAAGUAGUGGAGAUUUCUGGGCAGGACUACAUCAAGGAGGUGAACAAAGCUGGAGAGGGCAUCUGGGUUGUGCUGCAUCUCUACAAACAGGGAAUUCCUCUGUGCACCCUGAUAAACCAGCAUCUGUCGGAGAUGGCCAGGAAAUUCCCCCAGACCAAGUUCCUCAAAUCCAUCUCCACCACAUGCAUCCCCAACUACCCUGACCACAACUUACCCACCAUCUUUGUCUACCACGAGGGAGAGAUGAAGGCACAGUACAUCGGGCCUCUGGUCUUUGGGGGCAUGAACCUCAAAGUUGAGGAGCUGGAGUGGAGGUUAUCAGAAUCUGGUGCUGUCAAGACAGACCUGGAAGAAAACCCCAAGAAGCAGAUUGAAGACAAGCUGAUGUCGUCGAUCCGAUCCACUCUCCCCACACGGAAAGACAGUGACUCCGAAGAGGACUAGCCGCGUAACACCAAAUAACAUUACUCUUAACGCUCAACCAUCACUGUGUGUGAGGAUGGCUCUCUCCUGUGGUGAUGUGGUGAACUGCACACCUCUCCCACUCUCUAUGCUACCUCAGUCAGCAGAGAGGCUCCAUCAGAGUACUAUGCCUCCCCGGUUGAAAGAUCUCUUAUGUUACGAGAUCAUUCUCCUAAAUCAAUCUGAACUUGUGUUUUUACACAACAUUUGGUUGAAGAUUGUCCUUUUUUUAUUUAACAUAUACGUUUCAUAAUAAAUGACAAUAUAAAUUAAUACAUUUGUAAUUGUUUAAAUUAAAUGUAAGUAGCCAUUCACCCAUGCCAUAAUUAGUUGACGCUUUUUAUAGUGUUCAGCCUGAUCUGUGUAACCAUCACAUAAAGGGCUCCUUUGAUGUA